AUCUGCACACAGGGAGUCCGGCACCGGUCAACCGGGCCGAAUCAGACAAGCAGAACCGUGACGACACCGGACGGGACUCACUCUGUAGGACCCCGUGCCGGGCUCGCCGGUCUUGGUGGCCUUGCUGGCGGCGGCGGGAGCCUGAAGGCUCUUGUCCUUGGAGUCGGAGGAGGACUUGGUGGUCUGAGACAUGAUAAUGUGGCGUCUGCACUUCUGCCAUCGUCCACAGAUUAGCCCCCUUUGUCGGGUGUGUGUGGGGGGAGGAGGGGGGGGGUCUCAAAGAGAAAAUAGGCCCCGCCCCUCUGCUGACCCGGGGCUUUGGGUCGUGGCCCCCGACCAGCGAGGCUUUAAAAGGGUUCGUCUCUCCCAGCAGGACAUCAGCGCCAAGGACACCAGCCAGACAAGAUGACUCACCAUUGCACCAAGUUCUCUGGCCACUGGAAGAUCAUCGUGUUCGACGAGGAGUUCUUCCAGGGCCGCCGCCAUGAGUUCACCUCCGAGUGCUGCAGCGUGAUGGAGUUCGGCUUCGAGACCGUGCGCUCCAUGAGGGUGGAGAGCGGAGCCUGGGUGGGCUAUGAGCACGCCUCCUUCCUGGGCCAGCAGUUCAUCCUGGAGCGCGGCGAGUACCCGCAGAGCGACGCCUUCAGAGGCAGCAACGGGUCCCACAUGGAGAUGGGCUCCUUCAGGCCCAUCACCUGCACGAACCACAGGGAGUGCCGUGUGACCGUGUUCGAGCGGGAGAACUUCCUGGGCCGUAAGGGCGAGCUGAGCGACGACUACCCGUCGCUGCCGGCGAUGGGCUGGAGCCACAACGAGGUUGGCUCCCUCCGGGUGCAGUCGGGAGCCUUUGUGUGCUACCAGUUCCCCGGUUACCGCGGUUACCAGUACAUCAUGGAGUGCGACCGCCACGGAGGAGACUUCAAGCACUUCAGGGAGUUUGGGUCUCACUGCCAGACGCCCCAGAUCCAGUCCAUCCGCCGUGUGCAGCAGUAACCAGCCCCCCCCCCCCUCUGACCCUUCACCUUUGACCUCUGCUGCUCCCAGUGAAUAAACUUAAACCCGAUGACUUGC